GCCCCGGUUCCUCCCCCUCCCGCCAUGCCGCUACCGCUGCUCCGGUUGCUCGGCCUUGGGGCUCGGUUCCGCCCGGUCCCUCUCGCUCUGCGGGGUUCCCCCGGCCCGGGGUGCAGUUUCAGGUAUGGGGGGAUCUGCCCGGGGCUGGUCGUCCCCCCCUGCCGCCCCCCAUGUCCCCCCACCCCAGCUCGGCUCUGCCUGCUCCUGGCCGGACCCCUGGCUGGCUGUGCCCUGAUAGAGGGGGUGGGCUUGGCCGCCCGCUGCCAGGAGGCCACCCUGUCCCCCGUCCCGGUCCCUGAGCCCUCUGAGCACCCCCAGCCCUCCUCGGAGCCCCCCUUUGACUGGCCGCUCUUCUGGACCUUCCUGCGCCCACAGCUCCUGGCACUCUCGGCUGCUGUCCUGCUGGCGCUGUUCUCGGCUCUGGUGUCGGUCCGUGUUCCGGUGGUGCUGGGGCAGUUGGUGGACGCGGUCUCGGGCUGUGCCGGGGGUCUCUUUCCCCAUUACGUGGCCGCCGUCCACCUCCCGGCGCUGCGCCUGCUGGGGCUCCACUGCCUGCAGGGGCUGCUGACGUUCGGGUACAUCGCACUGCUGGCACGGGCCGGAGAGCGGCUGGCGGGGAACAUGAGGAAGGAGCUCUUCAUGUCCCUGCUGCGGCAGGACGUGGCUUUCUUCGAUGCCACCCGUACGGGGCAGCUGGUGGCACGACUGACGGCUGAUGUCCAGGAGUUCAAGUCCUCCUUCAAGCUCGUCAUCUCCCAGGUGAGCUGGGGUGGGGGGCAGCAGAACCACCCCACACAGUCCCUGGGACCCCCACCCACCCUGCCCAUCCCCCAGGGCCUGCGCAGUGGCACCCAGACGCUGGGUGGCUUUGUGUCCCUGUACCUGCUGUCCCCCAAGCUGACGGGGCUGCUGGUGCUGGCACUGCCCACCCUGGUGGGCAUCGGGACCCUCCUGGGCUCCGGGCUGCGUGGGCUCUCCCGGCAGGCACAGGAACAGGUGGCCAAGGCCACCGUGGUGGCUGAUGAGGCACUGGGGAAUGUCCGGACCGUGAGAGCCUUUGCCAUGGAGGAGCAGCAGGCGGGGCUGUACUGCACCGAGGUGGAUCGAGCUGGGCUGCUGAGCGAGCGUCUGGGGCUCGGCAUCGCUGCCUUCCAGGGGCUCUCCAGCCUGGCCCUCAAUGCUGUCGUUCUGGGGACCAUCUUCGUAGGGGGGUCCCUGAUGGCUGGGGAUCAGCUCUCACCAGGGGACCUCAUGUCCUUCUUGGUGGCCUCACAAACAGUCCAAAGGUCCAUGGCCAGCAUCUCCGUCCUGAUGGGACAGGUGGUGCGGGGUCUGAGCGCCGGCGCCCGCGUCCUGGAGCUGCUGCGUCUGGAGCCCAGCGUGGGGCUGCGGGGAGGGGGCUCCAUCCCCCACCACUCCCUGCUCGGCCACAUCUCCUUCAACCACGUCUCCUUCAGCUACCCCACCCGCCCCGGGCACCCUGUGCUGCAGGACUUCAGCCUCACCCUGCCCCCUGGCAAGACCGUGGCCAUCGUGGGACCCUCGGGGGAAGGGAAGUCAACAGUGGCGGCACUGCUGGAGCGGUUCUAUGAGCCCACCCGUGGCACCAUCACCCUGGAUGGGAGGGACAUCGCGGAGCUGGACCCCUCCUGGCUGCGAGGGAAGGUCCUGGGAUUCAUCAGCCAGGAGCCGGUGCUGUUCGGCACCUCCAUCCUGGAGAACAUCCGAUUCGGGCGCCCCGGGGCCUCCGACGCCGAAGUGGAGAGCGCGGCCCGGAUGGCCAACGCCGACGGCUUCAUCAGAGCCUUCCCCGAGGGCUACCACACCCUGGUGGGCGAGCGUGGCGUGGCACUGUCGGGGGGCCAGAAGCAGCGGGUGGCCAUCGCCCGGGCCCUGCUGAAGGACCCCCAGGUGCUCAUCCUGGACGAGGCCACCAGCGCCCUGGACGCGGAGUCGGAGCGGGCAGUGCAGGAGGCUCUGGACCGGGCCAGCCAUGGCCGCACCGUCCUGGUCAUCGCCCACCGCCUCAGCACCGUGCGGGGCGCCCACUGCAUCGUGGUGCUGGCACGGGGACGGGUGGCCGAGGCAGGGACCCACGAGGAGCUGGUGCGGCGGGGGGGUCUCUACGCUGAGCUCAUCCGACGGCAGCAGCAGGAUGGGAGCUGAGCACCCCCGGGGGGGCAGGGGGAACCCCUGGCUGCUCCCCAAUAAAUCAGGGAUGG